AGGGGAAUAGGCAUGUCGGGGUGGGGAUUCAUCAGGAAAACAGAGCAGGGAGGAAAGGGUUAAUCACCUCCUUUUCUCCCCCACCCCCAAAUUGUGGCCCUCCCAAAACUGCUUUAUAGUUUAUAUAAACUGGAGAUCCAAUUACUCUCCAUCAAACCAAAAUAAUACCUUUAAUUUCAAAUUCAAGCACAGUUGCUCUGAAACUGGCUGUUGCACUUUCAGAGCAUACAUCUCUUUGAAAGCGGUUUAAAAGAUGCAUUCCUCAAUAUUUUAAGGAUAUGUUGUCCAGUCCGAUCCAACUCACAUUCUGUUCUCCUCCUGCCCUUGCUCUUAUGUUGUCCUUUACACCCAGAGUAGCUUCGUUACUAAUAGGAAAGAGUUAGUUUGUGUCUGCCUGCUGAGCUUAUGUUGUGUAAGCACUAUGCAGAGCGCAAUGAUGUUGUACUGGAAACAAUGAAACAGGAAGGAGAAGCGAAUUAAAGUCCAGCCAAGGCUAGUGACCACUUGCUAUCUUCUUCUGGAGGCAGACACAAGACUCAGUACUUUUUUAAGCAUAGAGAGGCAUCAGAACCUCUUUUCCACUAUGCCGGGCUAUUCAGAGUUUUUCUUCAAUGUGGAUCAUGGGUAUCUCGAGGGCCUGGUCCGAGGCUUCAAAUGUGGCAUCUUGACGGCUUCUGACUAUGUCAACUUAGCACAGUGCGAAACGCUGGAAGGUGAGUAGGAGUCAAACGAAAUCUCAGUCUCGUGACAUUUGAAAGUAUCACAGCGGCCUCUGUAGCUCUGCUGGGAGGGGAAUGGUAUUUGAUCAACUAACAUUUGUUGAAAAGUGUUUUUCUUUUUAAAUGUUACUGAAACAAAACAAAAAAUGGGAUUGUCCUUCCAAAGGUCAACUGGAAUUCAUAUUGGGAUGAAGGCAGAAAUCUUAUAUAUACUGUACCUUAGGUCAACUGAAAUGACAUUGAGUUUGUUGGGAAUGUGUAACGCUAGCAUAUCAAUAAAGUAUUAAAAUACAGCUGCUGUUACCAAUUGGACUAUGCAAAUAAACCAAUAUUAAUUUAUACUUGUAGCCUAAUUCAUAGCCACAUUAAGUCAGAACUGAAAUAAACAAGACUACUAAUAAUUUGUCUUAAUGGCAUUUUUGAUGGAUAGGUAGACGAUUUUGUGCUGGAAUCGUUCAGUGCCAUCCUAGAAAACACUGAAGUCCCACACUAAACAUAUCUGCUGAGAAGUAAAUCCCACUGUGUAUCAUGGACAUCCCUGUCUGGUAAACACGUGUUUUGCAUGCUUCCAUAAUUGGGCAUUACGUUCCAUCGUGUCUUAACAUUGCUACUUUUCAGUAUUUUGCCUUCAGGAACAGGGAGAAAUGCAUGUAGUGAGGAGUACCACCCAUAUUAAAAAGGGGACUCUAAUGCAUCAAUUCCAUAAAAUGCUCUCCUCCCUUGGGCUGAUCUUUGUCAGAAAUCGCUCCUCAGCCCUGCCCAGAUUUGGAGGAUAAGCCCACCUGAGGCCACUUGAGUUUCCUUUGGCUCAGACCUCAAAGCAGCCCAUAUACAAGGAAUGGGGAAAAGGCUGCUGGCAGGCUGCACAGUUCUGCCUUUUACUUUAUUUCUUCUGGGCUCUUUUUUAUAUAAAGUUUCUUCUGCCUUGCUUUUCUGAGACUCUCCCUAAAUUCUUCCUGAUCUGUUUGCCUGCUCCUCACUUUGUUUCCCCUUAGCUUCCUGGGUGGCAGGACUACUUGCUCCCAGCCUCUUGCUAUGCAACAGCUUCUCAUUGAGAAAUGUUUGAAACAUGGGGUGGGUGUUGUUGACGCUCGUUGGUUCUUGUGGCUCUAUGAUCGCUUUCCCCAGCCUGGUGCCUGCUGAUGUUCUCCUGUCAGUCCCAACCAGUUUAGCAAGUGGCUGGGAAUGGUGGGAACUGGUGUCUAACUGGAGCUCACUGGGUUGGGGGAGGCUGUUACAUGCUGGGUUGGUAUCAUUUGGUCUCUCAUCACAUUGUAACAUGAUCAUGAGUGUUACACCUAACACUUCCCAAAGCUAUAUUACGAUGCAGUUUAAUAUGUGACCUGGUCCUGGUAAUGGCAGAGCAAUCCAGUGGUGAUUCAGACGAGGAAACCAGCUUUACAAAUGUGGCCACCAUUGCAGGAAUUGCUAGUGAGCCAAUGCAAUCUGUGGAGGGCCAUUCCUUCUUGUUACCAGUACCAGCCUCUGAUGAUGACGCAGGUGUGGGGCAAAACAACCUUUCUCUGCUGCACAUCCAGCAGUGAUGGGAAGAGGGGGAUAAGCUCCGACAAGAAGCUCAUGAAGGCUAAGAGGUAAAUUAGGAUGGAAGAUACCAGCAACUAGGGAUGGAGGGGAACAUCAAUUCAGUUUGCAUUUAAACCUACCUAAUUUGCACUUUCUGGAACAAUAUGUCAGUGGUGUCCAAACUUUUUUCAAAGAGAGCCAGACUUGAUGAAGUGAAGGGCCACGAGGGCUGACUAAAGGGCCAACCACAGUUGUCAACUGGAUUUUACCCCAGGAAAUAAACUGCCACAGGGGCCAGAUAAAACUGACCAGCGGGCCGAAAUAGGCUCCCGAAACGGACUUUGGACAUGCCUGCAAUAUGCCAACUAAAACACAGUCAACCUUUGAAAAUUGCACUUCUCUGAAUUUUGCAAUAUCUUUUGCAUACAUUACUGUAAAGCAUUGCUUUCCAAACUGAGUGUCAUGAAACCUUAGUGUGUCGGCUGCAGUGUGUAGGUGUGUCAUGUGACUGCUCCCCACGCUCCUCCCAGGGCUGGAAAAGGGUAAGUUUAACCUCUGGUUUGCUAGUAAACCUGAAUUACUGUGUCAUGAAAUGUUGCUUGUCUAAAAAGUGUGUCACCAACAUGAACAUUGGGAAAGGUCUGUGGUAAAGUAUGCAUAGAUUAGUGAAAAUAACAUACAGAAAUGCAUGAUAUAAGGUAACAGUUCCCCAACUUCUUUUCACCCACUAUUCGCCAUGAAAAUUUCUGAGGGUCUUGGCGGACCACUUAACAAUUUUCCUGUUGCCUGUUGUAGCAAUUGUGAUGCGCUCUGCUAGACGCUGUAUGAAUUUUAAUUGAACUUUUAUUGGUUCUUUUAUUUCUUAUAUUGUGAUUUAUUCUAUUACUGUUUGAAUUCCAUAGAAUUCAAAUUGUAAGUGUUAUUCACGGACCACCUGAAUGAAGCGCAUGGACCACUGUUGGUCUGCGGACCUUAGUUUGGGAAACCCUGUAUUAGGGGAAAUUGCUCUGUAAAAUGCAUAUAUUAGGCAAUAUUUCACACAAAUACACUGUGAAUUUUCAUGAGGACUUGCAAAAGUUUUUGCAAAUGAAUGUUGAAAUAUAGAGAACUAAACUUAAGAGUGGAACAAUGAAAAACGAAAAACAACAUAUUUGGCUAUCUUGACACAAAGUCACUGACCUUUAGGGCCAAGCAGGCAUUUUAACCUGAAUCUCUCAGCAGUCCAAGUUUCUUUGCAAACUACAAAUUACAUUCCGUUUCUGGUGCAAACAAGCUCACACAUACUGAAGUAAAAUGAACAUGUGUGGAGGUCAUUACAGAUAUUCGGUGUGCAUUGAUUUCUCUGCAUUUGUGAGGACAAGUUAUGGUGCGUGAAUCACCUCCGAGUCAUCUGUCCUCUGUAGCUAUAGUUUCAUACAUGCCCUUUUUCUGCAUGGAAAAGAGUAAUGAGACAGCAGAAUGCUGGGUGGCUUGGGUUAUUUGACUCCAUCCCUUUGUUGCUUGUAAGGGUUUCAUCCGCACAAUGUUUUACCAACAGAGCCUUGUUUUUGAAUUCUGCAGCACUUUGUUUAACAUGCAACCCUUCAUUAGCUUUUACUGGCAGGCUUCAGUCUAAGGCAGAAAAAACAGAAGUCGCACAGGUACAUGCUGAUGUGAACUUGUAUAAUUAGUUAAACCGAGUGCACAGAAGCUUCAAAAGCAUUUAAAUGAUCCAAAACUCAGAGUCUGUCCUUGUGUGCAACUUCUAAAGGGAGUUUGUUAUGGAGAGAUGCUUUGGUAUCAGAUACUCUGAUCUAUCUUUUCCUCUUUGCCAAAUUUCCAUUCCCAGAUUUUGUACAGGGAAAACAUUGUACAUUCUGCAGUAGGAACUAGCAGACGAUGACCCAGUUCACACAGUCAGUUGAAGUGGUUUUUUUCUUUUUUUAAAAAAAAUGAUCAAGUGACUAGUAAAAUCACACACAAUGAGUCACAUUGCAUCAUCCUUCAGAAUUCCUGGUGGAGAAGGGGACUCAGUUUCAUCGGUGGGUGGUGACUAUUGACAUUCUGCAACAGUGAAGCUCUUUGCUUUGCUUCCUCCCAUAGAGGGGAGAAUGUAAAUGGAUCUGGAUAGGGACACAACUGGGGCUGGGGCUAAAUUUUUUCCUUGCUGAAACAGGUAAAAUAUAAAGCUUGCAUGAGAUUAUAAUAGUUGCUUCCAUUGAUGUGCAUUGCAUUUAUGUCAUGAGAGACCUUUAUGGGUAUUCACUUUUUCUGGUGAGUGCCAAUAAAAGCCAAAAUAAUAUACUUAAGACAUAUAAUAUACUUAUUACAUAUAUACUGUUGCAUGUCACCCUAAUCUCAAAGCAGUGUGAAAUUCCAAGGGUUCCAGGUGUUUACCUAGGAUUCCUGUUUCCUUUUGGAAAUGAAGCACAGUGGAGACUGUAGUGUCUUUAUGAUAUAUGCUAUGCUUCAUUAUGCUUCUUUGUUUUUAAACUGUAUUUCUAUGUUGUGUGAGUUAAUUUUGUUCACAUUUAUGUACCCAAACUGGGAACAUUUUGAUGAAAGGUGAUAGUGGUGCAGCAAUAAAACUGCUAGCACAUUUGCAAAGCUAAGCAGGGUCUGGUAUGGCUUCAAACUGGAUGAGGGACUGUGUGUUGAGAUUCCUGCAUUGCAAGCAGCUGGACUAGGUGACCCUUGUGGUCCCUUCCAGCUCUAUGAUUCUAUGUAGUACAUUUUAAAUAAAGACAUGAUCAAGUUUUAUCAUUAUUAUAGAGGCUUUAGGGCAGUUUGCUCUCUGGUUUUUGUGUCUGGGAGCUGGACUAAUGUGCUGCAUCAGAAGUAGGUCUUCAUAUGUGACUGUAAUAGCUGCUUGACUUGUACAAUUGCAAACAAAACAAGGACCCAGAUGCACUUGGCCUCUAAUGCUUUCACCUUGAAACAACCCUGUAAAAGUUGUGAUGAGAUUCCUACCGCUCAGAGAAUGGAGAGUGAAAGAGUAGCCCAAAAAAAGAGAAAAGGAAGAGAUUCCCAUCACACAGCAAUCUUGGACAUCUAUGUGCAAUGUCUGAAUCUGUACAUAAUAGGAAGUCACACUCAGUGCAAACUGCAGUUUACAAGUCAGCUUCCAACCCUGAUUUCAGAUCCUGGCUUGUCAGCUCCACAGUGAGUGUGGUUUGGGGUGGGUUCAGACCUUAAAGCAAACCAUGGGAUUGUGCUACAUCUGAACCCAGCCACCGGGUGUAAAAAAGGAAACGAAAGAGAAGUAUGAAUUAAAAAUUAAAAGCAAUACUGUCUCUUUAACCUCCUUGGUUUCUUUGUAGAAAACAAAUCUUUUCCAAUUCUAUUCCAGACCUGAAGUUACAAUUGCAAACCACAGACUACGGAAACUUCUUAGCCAACGAAACAGGCUCUCUCACGGUUUCUAUCAUCGACGACAAACUAAAGGCCAAACUAUUGGCAGAAUUUCACUAUUUCAGAAAUCAUGCCUUCGAGCCACUUUCCACAUUCCUAAACUAUAUUACGUAAGUAAAAUUAGUAAUUUCAUGAUGUGAGCAACUAAUAAACAAUGACUAAAGGCCCAUAAAGUCAGAGUAUUGAAAGCCAGUGUGGUCUAGUCGUUAGAGUGUCAAACUAGGAUCUGGGAGACCAGGAUUUGAAUCCGCACUCAGCCAGGAAGCUCACUGGAUGACUUUGGGCCAGUCACUGCCUCUCAGCCUGCCCUACCUCACAGGGUUGUUAAGGGAAUUAAAUGAGGAGAGUUAGAACCAUGUACACCACCUUGAACUUCUUGGAGAAAUAGGUGGGAUAUAAAUGUGGUAAUAAAUCAAUUCUAGUCUCAUGCAUAUGUUUUUUAGCCCAUUUUAAUGAAAUAGUUAGGGGACGCGGGUGGCACUGUGGGUUAAACCACAGAGCCUAGGACUUGCCGAUCAGAAGGUCGGCGGUUCAAAUCCCCGCGACAGGGUGAGCUCCCAUUGCUUGGUCCCUGCUCCUGCCAACCUAGCAGUUCAAAAGCACGUCAAAGUGCAAGUAGAUAAAUAGGUACUGCUCCAGCGGGAAGGUAAAUGGCGUUUCUGUGCACUGCUCUGGUUUGCCAGAAGCGGCUUAGUCAUGCUGGCCACAUGACCCGGAAGCUGAACACCAGCUCCCUCGGCCAAUAAAGCUAGAUGAGUGCCGCAACCCCAGAGUCGGCCACGACUGGACCUAAUGGUCAGGGGUCCCUAAGUUACGUACAAACUUAGUGCCAUAUUUUCUGGAUUUUAUGGGUACCAUGACGUAUUGCAACCUGAAUUAGUUUCCAUUGGGAAAAAACUUUGCAAGGUCACUUUGUUCAAGGCCCAUUGAAAUAAAUGAGUGUUACACAGAAGCAAUGUUUGGUGGAUUGUUUUCUGAAGUGUGCAUCUUAUGCUAAGCAGAAUGGCCUAGUCUCUGUUGAGUAACGGCAGCUUAAUCAGAAAACUUACAGUACAAUCUGAUUACUCAAGAGUAAGCUCCGUGCAUCCCCUGUAAUGCAUUUAGGAUGGACUUCAAUAAGUAGAUCCAAGGCCUACUUAUGUAGUCAUUGUAUUCAUUAGCAAUGCUUCUUCUGGCCUGCAGUAAAUUCUUAUGGCAGAUGCCCAGACGUUUAUCUUUUAAUUCAUUUUGGCAGCAUUGUAAUAUUAAAUUUCCCAACUCCCUUUGAAGCAAGGUUUAUUUUUUUACUUGGCAACCUAAUUAACAUUGAUUUCUUAACAUCAGGCUGUUUGGGUGGAUUUUGUGAUUGAAUUCAUUAAGUCUUCCUAGUUGUUUAAAAGUCUAUGCAAGGAAUGGUAGCCUGCGGCCAUGGUGCGUGAGCUGUGAUGCUGCCAGUGGACCACCCUCCCAGUCCUGUGAUUUUCAAAUAAUAAAAGGCAAGAAUGCCUCUAAAUUUCCUCUGUCAAGUUUGGGCUGUGGUUGUGACUUUCUGAUAGAAGUCAGUGCCAUGUUUUCUUACAUGUCCAUCUCACCAGAGGCUUCCUGUCUGACAUUAUAGCAGCCUUCCAUAACCCAGUACCCUUCAUAUGUCCCAGACUACAACCCCCAUCAUUCCUGACCAUUGUCCGCGCUGGCUGGGAUUUAUGGGAGUUGUAGUCUGGAAUGUGCCAGGUUCAGGAAGCCUGGGUUAAAGGAAUGCAUCGGGAGGCAGGAUCAGGUGUGACUGAUCUUCAUGUGUUCAUUCAUAAUAAGGUUCAAUGAGACCCCACAUGUACGAAUGUAUGUGCAUGGUUUAUUUCCACACUAUCAAACAGGACUCUACUUAAAUUGGCAAUUGGCCACAACACAUUUGGAAAAUAAGCCCAUUUCCUGAUAAAAAGUGGCUCUGGGCAUUAAAUUCUAAGAUAUUGAUUUUUGCAUUUGAUUGCAGUGAUUCUGUGCAAGCCUGGUUAGAUUAGGGACUGUCUAAUGUAGCGUUCUGUUUACAAGAAUUCCUUGUUGCCACAUUGCCACAGCUGAUAAAGAGUGAUCACACCUUUUCUGCAGAGCCCUGGCUAUUUUAACCUUUAUAUUUGCAAAAUGUGGCUUGGUGUUUGGCUUUUUUAAAGCACUUUUCUCCCUGAGGAAGAACAUAGUAUUUUGAUGAAUGUUGUUUUCUCUCACUAGGUACAGCUAUAUGAUUGACAACGUGAUCCUACUCAUUACUGGCACACUGCGUCAGCGGCCCUUGGAAGAGCUGGUUCCCAAGUGCCAUCCGUUGGGCAAUUUUGAGCAAAUGGAAGCUGUCAGCAUUGCUCCAAACCCUGCAGAGUUAUUCAAUGCAAUUUUGGUGGAUACACCCUUAGGUAUGGCUGUUCACAAUUUUGUGUGUGUGUGUGGACCUUCAGAUGAGAUUGUUUUCUAUCAUGGCAGCACUUGCUCUCUGCAUCUAGUCUGCAUCUGCAUCUAGUCUGCAGUACUUGUGGCCCAUUAAAAUGAAGGCAGCCAGUUGUCUUAGGGCAAAAUGACAGAAUUUUUUGCCCUGCAUGAAGAAGGUCCCAAAUUCAAUCCCUGGGAUCUCUACGUAGGGCUGGAAAUGUCCCCAGUCUGAAACCCUCCUCUGAAGAGCUUAGAGGGGUUCUCAGGCCACUUUGCACUUAGGCACUACUGACAGCCAUAUCCUCUUAGCUUCAGAAGCUGAAGCUUUGCUGCUGGUCCCUCUCUGUCCGUAGAGGCUGGGGAGACCAGUGGCAAAGCUGGGCAGCAGAACGGGAGUGAUGAUUCGGGGGGGGUGAUGCCUGAGGCAGCUACCUCACCUUGCCUCUUGAGUGGGUCGGCUCUGCCCUGUAGGAAAGCUUCAGAGAGCUGUCAAAAUAAGUAAAAAUUCAUUGCAUGAAUGGGACCAGGCACUCUCGGUGAUUUUUCGCUCCAAUAUUCUUAAAAGAAAUAAAUCAGCAUUUAGAAUCAAAAUUAUAACAAAACAAACAAAUAAAUGUAUCAGAGUGGGUGAUACAAUAUAUAUACAGAAAGUAGAAUAGCCUUCCCAUAGAUCAUCUAUUUAUUUUUAUUAGUUAUUAAAUUUGUUAGUCGCUUUAUCUAGGCAACCCAAAGCAACACUGACUGCUAUGUCAAAGAGUAGACCAAAAUUUAUGCUAGCAUUUCCUACCAGAAACCUGGUGGCGAUUUGGAUUAGCAACCCCAUUAUCUUAAAAGCAGAAUCCUGCUGCAAAGCUGUAUUAUAUAUGCACCACAUCAGGAAUGUUGAAAACAUUUACUUCAUCUCCUUCCUUCUAUAUUAUUUUUUGUAGCGCAGUAGAAAGUCAGUCAUUGAGCAUAAAAAAAUUGUUAAAACUGAUAAGUGGGCUUCUUAUGCUUCUCUACAGCUUGCCUUUAUAAUUUAAACAUAUCUGCUUUUCAGCUGAUUUCUUUCAAGACUGUGUAUCUGAAAACGAUCUGGAUGAAAUGAACAUUGAAAUCAUGCGCAACAAACUGUAUAAGGUAAAUGCUUUCAGCGCCAGCUGUGAAAAAGUAAAUCGGGGGGAUAGGUACAAUGUACAGCCAUGAAAAUAAGCGGUCUUGAGCACUUUGGAGAAUAGGUGGGAUUUAAAUAGUGUACUCUCAAUAAAUGGGGGAAAUUAACCCUGGUAUUGAUGUAAUGCUCACUGCACCCUCUGUCGUUCCCUGAAAUGAAUUUGCAUGCCGCAGGAAACGGCAAAAGCAAAUGUGCAAGUGACAAGAGAGCCAACUUCCAGUUCUUGGCACUUCCUAUAAAAUGCAAAGCCACCCUAAUUUGAGAGCAGGAUGUAACAUAUAGAAUGUGUAGAAUUUGGACAAGUUCAACAAUAAGGGUAAUUCGGAGGGAGCAGGAAGAGCAAGUGUUUUCUGCUUCCUGGAAUCUGUGUUUCUCUGUCACGAAUGAAACUUUCACAUUUCCCCCCUUGUGAUCAGAUCUCCAAGCAGCCACUGUUUCUGGAGGGGUGGCCAUAUUAGUCUCUUGCAGAAAAAAGAACAAAGAGUCUUGUGGAACCUUAAAGACUUUUCACACUAUUACGGCAUAAGCUUCCAUGAACUAUUUUCCACUUCAACAGCUGCACAAAAUGUUCUCUUGACUUACAGGUGUAUAUAAACAGACGGGUGCCUCAGGGGAAUGGUAAACGUUGAGGUAGUGUAUAUUAGGCAGGAUGGAGUUCAAGGAAACCUGCUUUCUAGUAAAUGUGCAUGGGAAUUCGCCUUUGUGCCGUUACAUGAACACUGACAACCUACUGUAGUAGUGUACGUGCAAAUCAGCUAACUGCACUUAUUUAGUAAAGGCUAAGGUCCUCUAGGCUUUCCUACUGCAAUGAACAGAUAUGACAAUGUUCAUAUUUACUUGUGCAUUCUAAAUAAAUAAAAACAUCGCUUCUGCUAAACGUUAUUGCCAACAGUCUGGUUCCUCUCCUACCAAAUGGGAUUACUAUUGCAGCAACACAUCAUCAGUAGGAGAAAACUAACCAGUCUCACACCUGUUAGUUUUUACAUGUUUUGUACUUCCCAUAAUGGCUGGUUGAACAUAAUAAGUAAGGGAAAUGGCUGACUGACUGCUCCAGUCAUGAUUGUCAGUAAUUCAGAGAAGGUUUGAAUAUAAUGUUACUUUUUUCCUGUCCCAUUUUUUAGUCUUACCUCGAAGCGUUCUAUACAUUCUGCAAAAACCAAGGUGGCACUACGGCAGAUAUAAUGUGCCCACUCUUAGAGGUAAGGAAAACAUUAUGGCUAGGAAUGAAUCGGUCAUUCUUUAGCCCAUGCUCCUUGUGCAUGCAUACAUUUUUUAGUCAAUUUGUCCUGUUUCCACAUUGAGCUACAUUUGUUUUCUUUCCAAAAUUCACCUGUGAAUGCUUCUAUACCUUAUCAUGUUAGAAGUUGAUUCAAGAGCUGCCUUUAAAGUUUUCCAGUCUACACCCUGCCGACAGGGAAUAGGUGCUCUAAGAAACUACGAAGCCUGCCUGCCACCAUAACCAAUACACACAUUUCUGAUAUUACAAUAUCAAAAAAAAACAUCACAAGCUAUUACUCUACAAUAUCUCGAUAGUUAAAAAUAAAUGAAUAGGGCAAAAGGAAAGUAUCAAAAUACUAGAUGAUCGAUUACGCAUUUCACCAAAACGUACAUAACCAUGAUUUUUCCAUUUAUGAAACACUUCCUAUAAAACAUUUAAAAGCAUCAUCAAUGAAGACACAUAUAAGAACAAUUAUAUCAAUUUCAUACCAUUCAUAACAAUAUUUCAUUGUUCCUAGUUGAUAACAACCUUUCGUAACAGCUUGAAAGCAGAAAACGAAAAGCUCAUAUAUUUCAGCAGUUCAAGAAAUACUCAGUGCAGAUCAUGGGAGAAUCAGUCAGCAGGCUGUAUGAAUCCCACUGUUCACGUGGGCAGGUCCACACCAUACAUUUAAAGUGCAUUCAACGCACAUUUAAAGCACAUAGCUUCCCCAAAGCAUCAUGGGAACUGUAGUUUAUUAAGGUGGUUGGAAACUGUACUUCUGUGAUGGGAAAACUAUGGUUCCCAGGAUUCCUUAGGAGAGACUUGUGCUUUAAGUGUGCAUUGAAUGUGCUUUAGACUUCAAACAGACCUGCAUGCAUAUAUGGUAUACUGUAUAUAUCUGUUGACGACUGGGGCCUUUGUAUACAAUUAUGAUAAUUUGGGGAGCAAAUCUAACAAAUUAAACCAGAAAGUAAUAUUGCAGCUUUGAUGUUUUUGAUCCUGCUUCAAACAUCCUGCCAGCCAUAUUAAAAAAUGGCUUCCCUUUCAAUUAAUUUGCUGCACAUUAAUUCUGGGCCAAAAUACUGUAGUUUGUUCUCACUACAUCUGCAACCUCAUGCUUGUUUUAUCCCCUUUCACAUCAAAUCACCCCUUGUGAUUCCACGGUGUCCCACAAUUUCCACAAACUUACGAGGAGAGAAAUUUGGGGUAAGGAAGAUGAGAGUAGGCUCCCAUUGCCAGCAAACCCCUCCUGCGCUCCAUAGUAGAUGUCUACAAAAUAUUUUUUAAAGGCUGAAAGCUGUCGUUUGUUGUUGUCUUAUGCAGUUUGAAGCAGACAGGCGUGCCUUCAUCAUCACCAUUAAUUCAUUUGGCACUGAAUUAAGUAAAGAAGACAGACAGAAGCUGUAUCCAACGUGUGGGAAACUGUAUCCAGAAGGCUUAGAUAUGCUUGCCAAAACAGAAGAUUAUGAGCAAGUGAAGGGCGUGGCAGACUACUAUGCUGUAUGUAAAUACUAAAUAGCUCCUAACAAAAGCUUACUGUGUCUACAACAUUCCAUGGCAUGUACCACCAAAGAAAGGGCAUUAAGUACUUGUUCAGCCAGAUUCUAAACAAAGUGAAGUGCUGAUUCUCAGUGCCCCUCACUAAGGGAAAUACAUGGGGCAAUUGCCAAGGGAGGGGACCAUCGUCUCUGUCAUAGGCGCCAACUCCUAAGGGCCCAGGUCCCUUCGGGGGUCCCCCAUAAAAUACUUUAGGGGGCCAGACCCCCCAAAGUUGAUGGGCAUUGCUGCCUUUCAUUCUUUUCCAUGUUUGGAUGUCAUUUCUCAACAAGCCCUGUAAACAAACUUGUAAAAGGGUUCCUGGGUGGCAAGGAAGCUAGGAUAGGAUGAAAACCUAGGUGCCUAGAAACUUAAGCUUGGGGAGAGAUGGGUUCAAGCCCCUUUUUAGUUUUAAGAAUUCAGAGUAGCCCUGGACCAGUCAACCCUGUAGAUCUGUGUUGAGGAUAAAAUUGGGGCAAGGGGGGAAUAAACCUUCACCAGCACUUGGUACCUUCAUUACUAGGAUCUGGGGCAGGGCUUAUCUGCCCCCUCGCAAUAUUUUAUUCAAGUUGGCAUCCCUGGCCUCCAUUUUGUCCAGUUCUGAAUGGGUCUGAAUGGGUCUUGAUUGGUUGCACUGAAGUCUCAUUGCCCCAGCAGAUGGACUGUCCACUAUUCACAGCAUUGCUGGUGGCAGAGGUGAGUGGGGUCCAACCGGUUGCCAGGAUUAGGGUGGCCUGAUUGGGGGGGAAGAAGGAAAGGCUCCUGCACCUUAAAUUGUGUAGGAAGUCAGUGAAGCUACUCAUUAAAGGUGCAAUAGUCCCCAGACCGUGCUAGCCAGAGCCCAGCUCUUAGAUAAGAGACCCGGUGAAACCUUUAUAGUUGGGUCCAAUUGAUUUAUGAAGGUUAAUUGCACAAUGUCUGAGAAGCUUUAGUGUAGUGUCAGUCACUCAAGAAAAAUGAAACUGUGUGCUUUGGAAAACUCAUUUUAAUCAGGAGAUUGCAUUUUCUGUAAUUUACUGCCUACACAUUCUUUAAACUCAUAGCCUAACAUGAUGCAAUAAGGAUACAAUGGCAGGCAAUCACAUGCCAGGUAUCAACAAAUACAUCAAAUAGGGAUGGUUCCUGUUUCACUGUGUGUGGGUGACUGGGAGGCAAAAGUCUUCAGAACACAAACAUUUCUAUGUAUAUGAAUCUGCCCUUUGGUAAGUCCAUGAGGUUUAGCUGCACCACUCUGGCAGCAGCUGUCUAGGUUUUGAGGCAGGAAUAUUUCCCAGCCCCACCUGGAGCUGUCAUGGCCUGAACCUGGGACCAUCUGCAUGCAAAAGAUGUGCUCUGUCACUGAACUUUGACCCCUAUAAAAUCACUUUCAGGCAGUGUAUGAGUGAGGGGAGUAAGAAAUACCCUUGAAACUCACUGGCCAUACAUUCUAGAGUUGUGCACCUAAGGAACCUAUUUACAAAAAAGAGAUUAAUUUUAAAUACACAGAAACAUCACAUGUAAGCGAAAUAAAACCAGUGGUGUGUUGUUGUUUUUUUGUACUUUCAGCAAUACAGGGCUUGCUUUGAAUGUGUAGGAAGUGGUACAGGAGGAGAAAAAACGUUAGAAGAUGCUUUUUUUGAACAUGAGGUAAGAUGCUCUUUCUCUGGUUCAAACCUUUAUCUUUGCUACAUUUGUUUUUCUUCGACUUGCUCAGAGUCACCUGCAAGUGGUGAUGGACUUGCAGGAGGUGACAUUCCUCACUCUGAAUAAACAGCCAGUAUCUUCCUAAAGCAGGAAGAGGGAAUAUGUAGCCCUCCAGAUGCUGCUGGACACCCAUCAUCCCUGACCACUGACCAUACUAGCUGGGGCUAAUGGAAGUUGGAGUCCACUAAAAUCUAGAGGGCCACAGGUUCCCCAUCCCUGUCCUUCAGUAUUAUGAAGCCGCAAAGUGCUAAAAAUGACUACCACCUUUUGGAGAAGCGAACUCAAAAGAAAAAAAUGCCCACAGAGCCAUUUGUAAGUAAUAGAGACAUAUGGUCAAAUUCCAUCCAAAGCAGCUCUGAAUCUUCCAGCGCUGCAGCCAUUAGAGAAACAUUAAUUUCCGUGUCCUAACCUAUUCCUUUAAUGUUCCUGCGGCCUGUUAAAUUGUCACAAAAACCCAAAGAUAGCUGCACUUUGACCCAGCUCCUACUGAGAAAAGUACUUGUAAAAGAAAAGGUUUGUAAAACUCUUUAGAAUGCUUGAGAAUGAAAGAUGUAACGUACAAGUAACUGAUUAUUUCCCCUCGCUAAUAAAAUAUUUCUUUCUUGCACUCUUUUCUCCAGGUCAAAAUGAAUGUGCUGGCAUUCAACAACCAGUUCCAUUUUGGGGUCUUCUAUGCCUAUGUAAAGCUGAAGGAACAAGAAAGCAGAAACAUUGUAUGGAUUGCUGAAUGUAUUUCCCAGAGACACAGAACAAAAAUUAACAACUACAUCCCUAUUCUCUAAACUAGACUUUAGUGGUGUGUUUUAAUGGUACAUCUAUUUCAUCUACUGGGUUCUUUACUAAAUUACUCAUCAUAUUCCAAAAUGGGGCGUUAAUUUGCACAUUAUAGCCACCAAUAACAUUUUAUAAUUAUGAUUAGCCAAUUAGGCAUUUUAUGUUUCGGGCAUUUCCAUUUCCUCCUGCCCUCCCCAAUCUUUUCCAGAGGUUCUGUCAGUAGAUCAUCAGUAGACCCAUGACUGAGAGUUUUCUGCAGGAAUAGUAGAGGGCGCUGCAGCAAAUACGCCUUUCUGACCCUUCUAACCAGUGGAUCUCAGGGUUACGAUUGCUCUGGAAAAUGUAAAAUCUCCCUCCCUAUCUGAUCCCUUUAAUUAUCACUGCCCCCAGCUGGUGCUUUUUCUUUUUCUUUAAAAGCAUGCACCUUAAAUGCAAAAUUGCAUUUCACUUCACUUCUGGUUUGGCCCCAAGAAAUGUAAAGUAUAGAGAAAGAAAAGCAUUACUUUAAAGCAUUAGCAUUUCAUUAAAGAAUACUUCUCAUGUAUCACAUGCAUGGUUAGAUUUAAAUGGCAAGACUCCUAUAAUACCACUUAAGAAUCAUAAAGGCUGACAAGAAAUUAAAGGAACAGAAGCAGCUCUACUACCUAGUAAUUGCUUGUGAUUAAAAACAUGUUGCAAAGGCAGAAGAGGGAACUCCCUUGGGCUGUUUUGGUGGGACAUAGACCCGUUGUUGUUGUUUUUAAAAAUGCAAUAAAUGGGUUAAAUAAAAAUGUAAUUGUUUGCCAGAAAUUCACUGUGAAUAUAUAGCCGCCAUUCAGCUAAGAGUCAUCAAAUAAAGUUUGUCAUGAAAUGUGAUGAUAUAUGAUGAGAUGUAAGAAUGUUACAGAAUUGCUUAUCUUGCUGUCCUGCUGAAAUAAAAUCUAUUUCCUGGCCUAUGCAUGUAUACAAUUUCUAGUUUGCUUUUGCUUUACUGGAAGGACAGAAGGAAGGGGAGCAAGGUGUCUGCUUUUAACAUCUUCCAUGCUGUUUUGCUAAGCAAACGUAAAGGAUUUUCUUU